UAGUGCACACGUGCAUUUGGUCGUACGAAUACAUGUUUUUGCUAUAAUGUGAUCAUAUUUCAAUACUAUCAAAUUGAUUCAUGGUUUAUUUUAAGUACCCAUAAUGAAAAGUCUACUAAUUUUUUUACCAAAUGGACUUUACAAAGAACAGCCUGGCUACUUGUUUGGUAAAACAGUAUAUGAUGAUAAUACAGGGGUUAAAAAAUUUUAUGUCAUCGGUGUAUAUAAGAUAGAUAGAUUAGAAACAAUGAAAUAUGCCAGUAUAAUUGGAUAUUAUUGUAGUAUGGAACACAAACGCAGUUAUAUAGAUAAAAAAUAUUUAGACUGGAUUAGUAUAAGCUUACACCCUACAUUUUCCUUCAGAAACAACAUUUAUGAUUACAAUCUAAAAAGCAUUAUUGUAAAUAAUAAAAAAAUUUCUACCUCACACUGUCACACAGUCAUUAUAGUAUAUGAUCAAUUAGCUCUUAAAGAAACAGAAUUGCUUAAUCAGAAAACAGUAUCAGGGGAUCACUUUUACGAAUUAAUGAAAUUCAUACAGAACAAACAAGUUGAAAAACAAAUACAAAAAAAGGGACGAUGGACUUACAUCAAGGAAACUCUGUUAAUCUAUCACAUGUUUUUAUACUUUUACCCAGUUCUUCUUCUUACUAAAAUAACAAACAAAUUAUUACCAAUUCUAAAAUAUUCCUUUCUUGGUUUACACGUUAAUGGAUGGUUGGAAAAUAUUAAAUGGAUGUUAAUCACUGUAAUAAAAAACAAAAGGUUUACAUUAAAAACUGGAAACUAUGCUUUUGCAUUAAUAGUGGAUAUGUUAUUAGGAAUAUGUAUGCUACAAUUAUUGUUGCAUUUCUUUGAGUACACAUCUCCAUCCCAAAUACUUUUGAAUAAUGCAGAGAAAGUAGUAACAUUUUUAAAAGACUUAAUAAACUGGUUAAUGGGUGUACCAGCUGGUUUAAAAUUAAAUCAUGCCUUGAACAAUAUACUUGGAAAAUUUUUUCUGUACCAUAUACAUAUGUGGUGGACAUUUCUAAUAUUUAUAAAACCUAUAAUGGAUUUUGCAGUUGAAGUACUAGUAUUAUUUGGAAAACUUGGUGUUACUUUUCAAAUAGCUAUAGCAGCUGAUCUUUUAGCAUUAGUCAGUUUUCAUGCUUAUUGUAUUUACGUACAUGCAGCAAGGCUUUUCAACCUUCAACUAACAGGUAUUACUGGUUUAUUUCGACUAUUUUUGGGUAAAAAACAGAAUCCACUAAGAGAAAGAGUUGAUUCUUGCCAAUAUCAACCUGAUCAGUUAUUUGUAGGAACUUUAUUAUUUACUAUUUUGCUAUUCCUCAUGCCAACAACUUGGGUUUAUUAUGCAGUUUUUACCAUGCUCAGGUUAGCAUUAAUUGGUUUUGGAGGAUUUUUGACAAGAAUGAAAUUUUAUCUUCAAGUUAUGCCUGUUUAUACAUUUUUUAAGUGGUUGUUCCAUUCUUACAGUACAUGUAGUACUGUUAAUAUUAAAGUAUAUUCACAUAGAACAGAGGGACCAGUAGUAUUAGUAAUGACAUUGGUUGUAGCAUCAUGGCACCAAACAUGGGAUAGAUGUAUACCAGAUACAAUUAUUCGUCAUCCAUCCAUUGAAUGGAAUAAGAUAAUAAGUAACAUAAUAUGGGGAGAAUUAUUAUAUCCAUUGUAAAUAUUUAUU